AUGAUAAAGUAAUCACACUCCACGUAUGCUGUUAUAUGUUUAGUGGCAUUCUCUCAAGGAGUGAUUAACCUUUCAGAAUUGGCCAUUUCAUACUUGCUAAAAGAGGACUAUGGAAUGAAUCCUACAGAAAUGACAUACAUAUAAGGCAUUAUCAGCAUACCUUGGGUAAUUAAACCUAUAUGGGGUCUUUGUACGGAUUUGCUUCCAAUAUGCAGUUAUAGAAGAAAGAGCUACCUCUUUAUAUUUGGUCUAAUGGGAUUUGUGUUAUUUUAUGCUCUAUCCAUAUAUGGUACAAAAGAUGCAGUAGCAGGUGUGUCUAUUUUAUUGAGCAUUUAAAUUUGUAUAGCAUUUUGUAAUGUUGUUGCAGGUAUUAUUAUAUAACAAUGAAGAGGCUCUAUUGGUUGAGAUUUCGACCGGUAAUGAUAGUUCAACCAACAAUGUCAGUUUAUUUUUUGGAUUUAAAGCAUUUGGAACACUUAUGACAAGUUAUUUAAGUGGUUAUUCUUUGAAAUAUUUGCAGAAAUAAUAAAGUAAGUAGAAUAGCUAUUUUAGUUUUUAGAAUAACUUCAAUAUUUCCUUUGAUAAUUGCUGGAGCAUCACUAUUUUUGAAUGAAGGUUAACAUAAAGAUACUGAUAUUAAGAAGUAAUUACAAGAAUUACAUCGAUUUUUGAACAUCAAAGCUAUAUACAAACCAAUUGUAUUUAUUUUUUGCUUUAUGUUGUAACCUUCAACUUCCACAGCAAUGUUUUAUUUUUAAACUGUCUAUUUGCAUUACACAGCCGAAUUUUUGGGUAAGAUUAAGUUCCUAUUUGCUUUGGCAAACAUCACAGCUGUGAGUAUAUUUAAUAGAUAUUUAAAAAACUAUUCAUUCAAAUCUGUAUUCUUUGUAACAACAUUAACUUAUAGUGUUGUAAAUGCCUUACAGAUAUUAUAAGUGACAAGAAGAAAUGUUGAAUUAGGUAUAAAAGAUGAAGUAUUUUCAUUAUGUGAUACAUUACUUAUGCAAUUGGUGGCUGAAUUGAAUAUGUUACCAAUUUUAGUUUUGGCAUGCAAGAUUUGUCCAUCUAAAAUAGAAGGUACAAUGUAUGCAUUAUUGAUGUCUACAAUCAAUUUAGGAUAAUUGGUUGCAAGAUAGAUUGGAGGGAUAUUGAUGUAUUUUAUGAGUAUGAUAAUUUGUUAAUAUAAAAUAGAUAUAAAUGAAGCUUCGUUUGAGAAUUUGUGGAUAAUGAUAACAAUGACCAGUGUGUAUAUAUUGAUAUUGUUACCAUUUCUAUCGACAAUAAAAGAAAAAGAAAUGAUAGAGUCAAAAGAUGUGUAUAAUAAAAAAGAUUUAGAUGAAUAGGAUAUUAUAGGAAAAGGAUAUGAGAGAUUAAGCUUAUCAUUUGUGGACAGUUGA